UUCCAUCACCCAGGUUUUGCUCUUCUCCUCAAUCUUGUUAUCUUCGUUUUGCUGAAAACCAUUACAAUGCAUUCAGUUUCAUUUUCUUUUUCUCUGUUUCAGGGUUCAGUUCAGAUUCACAUCUAGGGUUUUUCUUCGCCGAUCAAUGGCUCCUAAAGGUGAUGUUUCGAAGAAGACUGAUCCAAAGGCACAGGCCUUGAAAGCUGCCAAGGCAGUGAAGUCAGGGACUGCCAUUAAGAAGAAGGCAAAGAAGAUCAGGACAACUGUUACAUUCCACAGGCCCAAGACUUUGUCGAAGGAAAGGAACCCUAAGUACCCUCGCAUUAGUGCGACACCAAGGAAUAAGCUUGAUCAUUAUCAGAUUCUCAAGUUUCCACUCACUACUGAGUCUGCAAUGAAGAAGAUUGAAGAUAAUAACACCUUGGUUUUCAUUGUUGACUUGCGUGCUGACAAGAAGAAAAUCAAAGAUGCUGUGAAGAAGAUGUAUGACAUUCAGGCCAAGAAAGUUAACACCUUGAUCAGGCCUGAUGGCACCAAGAAGGCGUAUGUUAGGUUGACACCUGAUUAUGAUGCUUUGGAUGUAGCAAACAAGAUUGGUAUCAUUUAAGGUGAUGGCUUUUUGUAUCAAAGACAAUUUUUAUUUAGAUUUUAGACUUAUUAUGGUCACAGAUUAUGGUCACAGAUGGAGACAUUUUGAAGUUAAAUUCUGUAUUUGUGUUUUGUUAUUUGGUGUACCUUAGCUCUAUUGCAAUUAAAUUUUGUUGUUUACAAUUUCAAAUUUGAUGAGUAAAUUUGAUCCAAAGUUUGUCCUUA